AUGCAAUCUUUAUUUUUUCUGUGUCUAAAUUCUAAAUUAAGGUUAUUAUUGGUUACCGCUAUUGUAAUCAUUGCUGUUAAUGGAGUAGAUCGGAGCAAUUUCAAAACGUGCAACGAUAGUAGUUUUUGCAAACGCAACAGAGAAAUUAGCCCUAAUCAAUCUCCAUACAAUGUUGUAGAUGAUUCAAUUAGCAUUCAGGGAUCUAAAAUAAGCUUCGAUAUAAAAAACCAGGCAAAUGAUGCUCUUUUAGCAGCUACUGUUGCUGUAUUACGUAAUGGUAAGGCUAGAUUAAGGAUCAAGGAAAAGAAUCCUAUGUAUCCGAGAUACGAAGUAGAAGAUAUUCUAAUUAAAGAACCGGACGAAGAGACCGGGGUCUUGGCUAAUCGCGAUGAUCAGGGUAUCCAGCUUAAUUUCAGAGAUAAACAACUUAUUUUGACACUGAAACCCUUCAGAAUCGAUUUUCUCGUUAAUAACACUUUGGUCAUAAGUGUCAACUCUCGUGGUUUAAUGAACUUUGAAAACUAUAGAAAAAAGCAUAAACCAGCUGAUGAAAGCACUAAGGAAGGUAGUGAAAAUAGUGAGGCAGUAAAUCAAGUUUCAAGUGAAACUGAGGACGUCCCCGCUGUAGAUGAGAAUCUGGCCGAUAAAGUUGGCCAAAGAGAUGAAGAAUUGAAAGGAUUGUGGGAGGAAACUUUUAAAAGCCAUUCAGAUUCAAAACCGAAGGGUCCCAGUUCAGUAGGUUUGGAUUUUUCAUUUCCUGGAGUCGAACACGUAUAUGGAAUUCCUGAACAUGCAGAUAGCCUAGCGCUGAAAUCGACCUCUGGUGGCGAUCCUUAUCGAUUGUAUAACUUGGAUGUAUUUGAAUAUGAGAUCGAUAAUCCUAUGGCAUUAUAUGGAUCAAUUCCUUUUAUGUUAGCCCAUUGUGCAAAAUCAACGGUUGGACUUUUCUGGAUGAAUGCCGCCGAAACUUGGAUUGAUAUCGAUUCAAAUAAAGCCAAAGAUUCGAUCCUAAGCCGCUUCGCGUCUAUGCUAAAAGGCAAUGAGGAAAUGCCACAAAUUGACACUCAUUGGUUUUCUGAAAGUGGCAUUAUCGACGUCUUUUUUAUGUUUGGACCUAGACCUAAUGAUGUGUUUGAACAGUAUGCAAGCUUGACUGGACCAACUUAUUUACCUCCGUUAUUUGCUAUAGCUUAUCACCAGUCAAGAUGGAACUAUAAUGAUGAAGAAGAUGUUCGAAGUGUGGACUCUAAAUUUGAUGAGCAUGAUAUUCCAUAUGAUGUUCUUUGGCUUGAUAUCGAACAUACCGAUGGAAAAAAAUACUUUACGUGGGAUUCUACGAAAUUUCCUAACCCUGAAGAUAUGCAGAAAAGUCUUGCAGCUAAAGGGCGUAAGAUGGUCACAAUUGUCGAUCCACAUAUUAAAAGGGAUAGUGGUUACGGUAUUGAUCAGGAUGCUUCGAAUCAAGGACGUUAUGUAAAGAACAAAGAUGAUAACGUUUACGAGGGCUGGUGUUGGCCAGGAUCAUCAUCGUGGAUUGAUUUUAUAAACCCUGAACAUCGAGAUUGGUGGGCCUCCAGAUUUAAUCUUGAUAAUUACCCGGGUUCAACCAAUUCGCUUUUCAUCUGGAACGAUAUGAAUGAACCCUCAGUUUUUAACGGUCCAGAGAUUACUAUGCAUAAAGAUGCAAAGCACUUUGGAGGUUGGGAACAUCGCGAUGUCCACAAUAUAUUUGGACUUUAUGCGCAUAAAGCCACGGCUGAUGGUUUAAUUGCCCGAUCAGGAUUCAAAGAAAGGCCAUUUGUACUGUCGCGUGCUUUUUUUGCCGGAUCUCAGCGUUUUGGUGCUAUUUGGACUGGGGAUAAUACCGCUUCAUGGGAGCACUUAAAAAUCUCACUCCCAAUGAUUAUGAGCAUCAGUAUAGCUGGAUUACCAUUUGCUGGUGCUGACGUCGGUGGCUUUUUCAAAAAUCCUGAUGAAGAACUUCUUGUCAGGUGGUAUCAAACAGCGUCUUAUCAACCGUUUUUCCGUGCACAUGCACACAUUGAUACCCGUAGAAGAGAACCGUGGUUGCUAGCUGAGGCGAAUAUGAAUAUCGUACGUGAUGCAAUCCGUACUAGAUAUGCAUUAUUACCGUUUUGGUACACACUCUUUUAUCAAGCUUCUGUCAAGGGAGGAACAAUAAUAAGACCUUUGUUUACCGAGUAUCCAGAAGAUGUGUCGACAUUUGCGAUGUCUGAUGAGUAUCUAAUCGGAUCUGAUCUAUUAGUAAAACCAAUUACUGAUGCCAGUGCAUCUAGUACUAGCAUAUACUUGCCUGGAAAUAACGAGCUAUGGUACGAUAUCGAAAAUUAUAAAUGGUUUACUGGUCCUCGUAGUAUUUCUAUGAGUGUUUCGCUUAAUAAGAUUCCAGUCUUUCAACGCGGCGGAAGUAUUGUUCCACGGAAAGAGCGAAUUCGGCGUUGUUCGUCCUUGAUGUACGACGACCCAUAUACGUUAACAGUCGCGCUUAAUAGAAAAGCUCAAGCUUUAGGACAGUUAUACAUUGAUGAUGGCCAUAGUUUUGAUUAUUCUAAGGGUGAAUUUAGCCUACGAAAAUUUACGUAUGAGGACAACGUCCUCUCUUCGAGGCCUGGCAGUGCGUAUGGGAAUUAUAAGACAAAUUCCUGGUUAGAGAAAAUUGUUGUCUUAGGAAUGAAAAAUAAACCGUCUAAAAUAUCUGUAUCUGGAAAAAAUUCCACACCUCGUAAAUUGAAGUUUAAAUAUGAUCGCGAAAAUAGACGCUUAACUGUAAAGAAACCUGAAGUGAAUAUAGUUGACGAUUGGGAAAUUAAUUUUAAAUUUUAAUGGAUUUCAAUAUAAUAUUUUAUGUGUUUUGAUUUUUGGGCUUUAGUUCUGUGCAUUUUUGCGUGCUCUGUGAAUUAUCAUUAUUUGUAGGAUUGAAUGAAGAGAGUGUACUCAGUAGCGUAAUCAAUUACGAGUCAUACGUACAAGUGGUACCAUUUUGUUCUAAAAGUUGUCAACACGUGGGUGUCUUGAACAAUUUUUCAUGCUCGAUGUCAUUUAAUUAUUCUAAUAAACGAG